AAGACACUGUGGAAAGCAGAAUGUCGGAAGAUAUUGAAGGCAUUGAAAGAGAAAUAGAAAUUGAAUUAAGCAGAAUCAGUGUUUCUUCCUCUGAAGCAGAUGAUCCUAAUACAGAAGUAUCAGAUGACGCUGUGAGCGACAGUGAGAUAAUUUCAGAUGACUUGCCAGAAUCAAUUGUCUCCUAUUUAAACUUUAUAAAGAGCAGAAAUGAAGAUGCUGAAAAGCUUAUACUGCAAGACUCGGAAGAUGAAGAAACUAUGAGUAACAUCUGUGGAGCAGUUUCUUGCCACACUUCAGAUUACGUGGCAGAAUUGCCUUUUGAAUAUAAUGAAAAUCCAGAACAAUUUAAAAAAAGGGUACUACCUGAAAAAGAAAAUGAAGACUUGCAGAUUGCUACAACGCCUAGUUAUAGUAGUCAGUCCACUAGUGAUAAAGUGGUCACUGAUGGCCAUUUUGUUACAGCUGAUGUUGAAAUGUUCAUAAGCCUUACUCAUCAUGAAGAAGAAGAAAAGUGUAGGCAAGCAUUUGAACAGUGGGAGAAAAGACAAAAGGAGCUUGAAGAUGAAAAGAGGAAAAAGUGGAAAGCUGAGAGGGAAGCACAGGAAAAACAGAAUGAAGAGGAACAUGCAAGAAAGAUGCAGCUUCUAGAGGAAUUUGAGGCUGAAAGUAUGAAGUUAGAACUUCUUCGUAAGCAACACCAAACUGCAAUAGAAGAUGAGUUACGGAAAGAUAAGAAAGUUUGGAGGGACAAAAUGAUGCAACAUGAGGAAUUGAUCAUGAAGCUACAGUUGCAAAUGGAAGAGGAGAAAAAGGCCUUGGAAGAGCAGAAAGCAAAAGAAAAACAGCACCUGGCAGAACAACAGAAUGCAGCAGCUGUGAAAAUCCAAGCUAGAUAUAGAGCAUUUUUAGUUCGUAAAAAAUAUGUUCCCAUCUUAAAAGAAUGGAAAUAUGAAAUAAAAAGGAAACAGAAAAUAGUAGAACAAAUAGAGAGACAAAUAAAAGAAAAAGAGGAAAAAAUGAGUAGGCAAAUGGAAGAAAAUAGGCAAAAGGAAGAAGAGAGAAAAAAGAGACAUAGACCACUUGAAAACCAGGAAUAUUUGGAGCAAGUGAGGAGGUGUGAGGAGUAUGAAAAAAAGAAAGAAACCCUGAGACUUGAAAAACAGCUGCAAACAAGAAGAGAAGAACACAGAAAAAUAGGAGAAAUAAGAGCAAAAGCUGUGAGACGUGAAAGUGGAGAAAACAACAAAAAAAACAUAGAAAAAGAUAAGCAGACAGAGAAAACAAAAGUAAUAGAAGAACAGAAGAAGGAAUUAAGUAAGCAAGUAGAGGAACAGAAAGAAAAAUGGACUGAAACAGUGGAUGAAACAAAUAAUUGGAUUAUUCCUGCAGAAAAAAACUUGACACCAAUACCAAAUAUGCUAGGCUCUGAGAAGACAGAACACUCUUCUCAAGUAAAUAAUGAGAAUAUACGCCUGAAUUCAAUAACACAUGCAGAAGAAAAUUACUCACAAACUAGAGAUCUUAAUAAAGUUCCAAACAAUCAAACUUCAAAGAAUAUGUCUGUUAAUAUUAGAGCUAAUGACAUGGUAGAAAGUAAGGCAAACAAUAUAUGCAGCAGUCCACUAAAUAUCCAGCCAAAUGCUAGUAAUGGAGAAGUCAAAGAUCAAUUUUCUGAGUGUGAAACAAUGAAAAAAACUGUGUUUCUGACGGAAGAUGUUAAUGAGGAACUCAGAGUGACCUGGGACAGGAUUCAAGGUGUAGCUGAGUGCUCCAGUAGAGUUCUUCAUGAUGAUAUUGAAAAGAAGAGAAUAAACUGGAUGAAGACAUGUAAAUCUUGGUCUAAAAUAUAUGAAGAAAACCAAAGAAAGCAAGCAGCUAUAAAAAAAACACCGAGGAAGAGUUCAGUUAGCAAGAUGCCUCCAUUAAGUAUACAAGAGAUAAUUCAGAGUGGCCCUUGGAGUACUUUGCAGCAGGUCACAACACUUACACUUGAAGAUUUGCCACCUUGUAGCCUCUCAACGUUAUCCGAGUGUUCAAAUCUUCAAGUUUUGACUCUGAGGCGCUGUGGAGUAGUUGUGCUGGAAGGACUAAGUAGCUGCAAAGACCUAAAGUAUAUCAAUAUGGAGGAAAACAACAUUCAGUUCAUUGACUGUAGAAAUCUUGAAAAUCUCUGUAUUCUGAUUCUGAAUAAGAACCAUCUGUCAUCAGUUUGUGGCUUAGAUGGCUGCAUAAAUCUUCGAAAUCUUGAACUAUCCUACAACAGAAUCACUCGAAUUGGUGGUCUGGAGUCACUGAAAAGUCUUCAGCGAUUAAUUGUGGACCAUAAUCAGUUAGUCAGCACAAAAGGUCUUUGUGAGGCACCUACUCUGAUUCACCUAGACUGCUCUUUUAAUCAUCUCACAGAAGUUGAAGGCAUUGAGAAUUGUGGCCUACUUCAAAUUCUGAAGUUGCAAGGCAAUAAUCUCCAAGAGCUUCCAAGACUGGAAAAUCACGUUCUCCUAAGAGAACUAUAUUUGGAUGACAAUAGCAUUUCUGAUGUGAGAAUGCUUUCUUUUUAUUGGUUGCCUCUAUUGCAGAUUCUUUUGUUGUCUCAAAAUAGUUUAACUGAGCUUAUGCCUUUAAAUUCAUUUGUAUCUUUGGAAAAGUUGGAUGUCAAAAAUAACUGCUUGUCAGAUCUUAAAGAUGUCAUUACGUGGUUAACUGGAUGUCACAAAUUAAGGGAGUUGUCCCUCAGUGGAAACCCUCUUCUCCAAGAAAGGAAUUGGAGGCCUUCCCUGUGUAAGGUUCUUCCUCGUUUACAGUUUCUUGAUGGUGAAAACUUAAACUGCCAUACGUUACCCACAACUGAUGGAGAAUCAAAAGCAAGAACUUUUCUAGAACUUUGUCAAGUUCAAAUAGAAGAAAAUAUUGCUCUGAAAGAAAAGGCUGCUGACCUGGGAAUGGCCUCUUCCAUUGAUUCUGCACAAGAACAAUGCUGGUAUUUUAAUCAGUUGAUGAAACUUAGUAUUAAACAUCGCUAUGCACAUGAGUAUGGUGAACUAAACAUUACUGACAGAAAUGGACCAGAAGCACUGCAAAAUCAUUUAAAACCAACAUCCACUGCCUGCCCACAGGAAAAUAACCUCUUUAUCAUGGGUGCGACAGAAAAUAAACAGGUCUUGUUGGAUCCUUCCGAAAGAUGGAUUACUACUGGCCAUAUUCAGGCCACAGUCAUUAACUCCUCCAUACCUGUGCACCAUAAGGAAAAUAAAGAAGAUCAGAGGGUGAAGCAGAAGAGCACUGAAUCUUGUAUUAAUUACAGUGGGGAGAGCAAAGGCAACAAUAACAUUUCAGCCCAACUCACAUUGCAACAGUCAGUGAUAGUAGCAAGUAAUAUGAGAAGAGAUCUUCAGUAUUUUGAGAAUGAUAAAGAAAGGCUACAUAGGGCAGCAUCAACGAUCCAGUCCCUCUGGCGGCAGUACCAUGCCAGGAGGAAAGUGGACCGCACCAAGACAGAGAAUAAUCAGUUUACAGAAGUUUUGAGACAGAGGCAUCAAGCUGCCACACUAAUCCAGGCAUUUUGGAAAGGUUUUCUUUUACGAAAGAAACUGGCCAGUGCUCUUGCAGCUGUUAAAAGUGAUGAAGCGGAGGAUGACUAUGAAGAAGUAAAUGUGGAUGAUUUCGUGUUUUCUGAAGCUGCAUUAGAGGAGGAAUGGCUAACUGUAGAUUCCACCCGUUUCCCUUCAAAAACACUCCUGCUCUCAAACCAGCUGCACUGGCCCAAGAAGUAUUCUAUACCUUCAAAUUCCAGUGAACAUUCAAAUAGUUUGCCAUUGUCCCCACAAGAAUGUUGGCAGUGUGUUAGCAGACCACAUUCCUACUCAGCCCAAAAUAUCCACUUUCAUGGCAGUUCAGGGAAGGGAACAAUAUCACAGUUCUCUGACUGGAAGGAAAAAAAGAAAUUUUCAUUCAUGUCUGGAAAAGAAGAGAAAAUUUCAGAAGAAUGGGGUUUUAAGGAUAUUUCUACUGCACAGCUAAUGCUGAAGAGGGCCCAUAAAAUGAAGCCCAAAAAUUAUAGUGGUAAAAAUUCAGACCCAGCUGUGCGCCUGGCGUUGUUCAAAAAUAAUGAAAAUAAACAUCUCCAUGUGAAACCACCAAAGAAGACACAGCCUAUAAAUGCUGGUUACUUUGAAGGUAAAGAAGAAGAAUUUUCUCAGCUGGAUACUACUUUGGAUGAGAAAUCGCAAAGGAGAAAAGACCUUACAUACCAAUGGCUUCAUACACAGCUUUUGGAUUAUGAAGCAGCCAGUUCCAAAAAUAUGAAGUGCUGUCGUUUUUUGCCUGAGUUAGAUCCUGCAAUAUCUGACAGCAGACAAGUACAACUUGUGGCAAGCCCUGUAAGCAGAGAAGACAUGGAUUUAGACCUUGUUUCCAUGGCCAGUGGAAGUGCUUUGACUGAGAACAGAGAAAAAAAUAAGCAGCCACACAGACACUCAGCAAGAUCUUCAAAAAAGAAUAUACCAAGUCCAGAAAAACCAUGUUUGGGUCCAUCUCAUAAAGAACGGAUAUCAUUCCGAGACCAUCCAGUGCAGCUCAGCGGAGGAUGGGGAAGAGGCAAACAAAGGCAAAAGCUUAAAAAUAUUAGUUGA